CCGGUCGCUAUUCUUUCCAGCCGAUGGAAGAGUUGGACCCCGCCAACAAUCGAAGUUAAUCCAUCGGCUCUCAGCUUCACGGGGGCCAUGCUUCAUGAUGUCUUUGGAUCAGCGUGAAUGACUCUAUCAGCAACAGGACCACACUCUUACACCUGCGGGUGCUUGCAGAAUCAACUCCUCAAUCAUGGCAAGCGCAGUCGGUAGCAGCCUCGAUGUCGACUGGCUGCUGCACUCGAAGAAAGGGCAACCUCAAUCUCUCGCAGAGACGAAUAACAAGAAAGAAGAGCCUCGAUCUCAAACCCCUCAGAUCAAAUCGACCGAGCCCACUCCACCUUCGACGCCGACCGAUCAUAAACCUUUGAAAGACGCACAAAAAGAAGGAUCACCUGCAGUUACACCGCAGAAGCCGGCAUCAGCACCGAAUGGCACGAUUAAUCCUCCGCAGCUAGUUACGCUGAAAAAUGGAGCGACACAGCCUCAGAGUCAGCAGCUCGCCCGACCUUCGCUAAUCAAAGGGCAAAGCACCGAGGACAAGAAGGGUCUGAAGAGCAACACCCCGAACGGAAGAAAAGAUGGAAGACGAAGUUCAUGGAUCUCCAGUAUCAGCUCAAAAUUCUCAUCCUCAAAUUCACCUGCACCUUCCCGCCAACCGAGUGCAGAUGAUCGUCAGGCUCUGAACAAAGCAGGCGUGCCAUCACCGCAGCCGAGCCCGAAACUCGAAGUGCCAAAUCCAUUCAGCAAGAAGGAACCAUCGAAAGAGGGACAACCCGACUCCACGAAGGAGGAGAAGCCUUCGCUCCCAGUGCACGUUGGCCCACGACGACCGUCUGUUUUGGUUGCCGCUGGCAAAGAGACCAAACUAGAUCACCCCGGGUUCUUGUCGAGUGCCUUGCGAAGGCUGUCGUCGUCCUCGAACGCCGCCAUGGGCAAAGGUGCUGCACCAACCGGAGCGGCUUGCCCGAGGCGAGUCUUGAACAUUGAUCAGAACCGCGAACGUAUAAGAUUCAGCGAAUUUGAUCAGAACAAGCUAAAGAGGGUGGCAUUUUGUGUCGAUGUGGAGAUUGCCGGGUAUUCUGCUUCGGUGGAUGAGGAGCCUGACAAAAUCGGUCGUCCUGCUGUGUCGAACUCCCAGAAGCAGACCUCUACCACGGAAAAGCAGUCAAUUGGUAAGAAGGAUGUGAAGGAUGCGAAGAUCAAAGACAAGGGUGAAGGUGCUGCUUUGAAGAAUCCUACCAUCGCUACCGAGGCGAAAGAAGAAUCGCAACAGUCCAAGCCCGACGCACCCGCUCAAGAGCAAGAGUCCGAGGAGAAAAAGGAGGUGAAGGCUGCACUUGACGAAGCACCAACAGCUGAUUCGCAAUCUGCGCCGACGACGCGGAAGAAGGAGAAGAAGAAACGAUCUGAAGCUGAGCGGAAAGAACGGAAAGAACGAAAACGAAAACAUGCAGAAGCAAACGGUCUCGUACCUCUCGAGUUGACCCGUGAGGAUAGUGAUUCCGAUUCUAAUUCCAGCAAUACUCCUCCUGGGGCUACCACUCCUAAACGGCCUGUGGACGGUCCUACGACAGAUCCCCUGAGGAUCUAUAAGCGGUGUUGUCAACUUCGUGAGACUUCGGUUCUAAGUCGAGUGAAGGAGCAGAUAUCCAAACCAUCAGCUACUUUAGCAGAAGCACCUGGAACGGUGGCGGUCGUGGAUCUUUCUGGCUUCCACCUGCAAUUGCAGGAUAUCAACACACUCGGCGACUGGCUUGCUGUUGUUCCUGUUCGGAAGCUCAUACUGGAAGACUGUGGUUUGACGGACGAGGGAGUCCGCGUAAUUUUGUCCGGACUCUCGAGUUGCAAAUCUGCUGAACAGGCUCGGCAAAACAGAAGAUUGCCCAAGCGGCCCAGUGGAAAACAUGGCAUAGAGCAGAUGGGUGUGAUUGAGAAACUGUGCCUGAAAAGCAAUCCGGGAAUCACCAAUUUGGGUUGGAAACACAUUGGGCUUUUCAUGCACAUGUCAAGGUCACUGAGAGCAAUCGAUUUGUCUGGAAUCAGCUUUCCCAAGUCUGGAGACUUGUCAAGGUCGCUUUCGACCAACUCCUCCAUCAGCAGCUCUGACGGCCCUUCGAAGUCCUCCGACCUGGGAGCCUUAAUCCUUCAUGCAUUAUCCGAACGCAUGGGCGACAGGUUUGAGGAGCUCAUUCUCAGCGGAUGCGGCCUAUCGACAGCAAACGUCCGCGAUAUAGUCGAGUGCGCUAUGAAAUGCAAGAUUCGCCGCCUGGGACUGGCUGAUAACGACCUCGAUGAAGAAGCAUUGAGCCAUCUCGUCAGAUAUAUGAAAUCCGGCUGCUGUGAAGGUCUCGACCUUGGAGGAAAUGACCUACGAGGUAUGGGCCACAUUCUCGCCGAAGUCGCCGACGAUAAGUGUCCACUGUUUGCCAUCAGCCUCUCUGGAUGCAAUCUGACGCCUAGCGAUCUCAACUCAAUCCUGGUACCAUUCGCGAAACUUACCGAUCUCAAGUUCAUGGAUCUAUCCCGAAACAAGGCUUUGUUCAACCAUGAGCCCAAUGCCGUUCCUAUCUUGCGAAAGUUAUUGCCCAGGUUGACGGAACUGAAGCGUAUCCAUCUGGCUGACGUGGGGUUGACUCCUGACCAAGUCAUAGCUCUUUCCGAGAUCCUUCCCGAUUGCCCAAACAUUAUUCACGUCAGCAUUCUCGACAAUGCUCCUUUGCUCUAUGCGAUGAACUCCAAAGAAGAAGGUGCACAAGAAGAAGCUUGUGCAUUCUUUGCUGCUCUCAUGACCGCAGUGCGGGUGUCGGAGACCAUCAGUGCAAUCGAAAUCGAGAUUCCGGGUACCAACAGCAGUGAAGUCGUUAAAGCGUUGGCUUCCCAGGUCGUCGCAUACAGUCUCCGCAAUAUGGAACGUACGACUCUCGGCGAAAUUGGCGUACAGGCUGUCAAUCUUAAUGAGAAGCAUGCGCCUGAAGUGCUGCUUCAUCUAGUCGGUCAUAUGGAAGGCUAUGCAGAGAAUCAUGACAAUGAUGAGCCUGGCCCUGAUGAAGACUACUUGAUCGCGUCUACAGGUAUCGUCAAAGCUCUUGAUGUGUGCUUGGGCAGCAAAGAUGGCACAAGCCGAGUACAUUCGAGAAAUAUAAGCCCGAGUGUGAGCGGCACUGCAACACCACGACAUGGCGCUAAUCAACAUGUCAAACCGCGGGACGUUAGUUUGCAGCUUUGCGACAGUGCAAGGAAGAUCCGAACGAGGCUGAGACCGGUCCUGGUGAGAGAAGAUCGUGCUGGCAACGAUUAUAACUAUCGCCGUCUGUUUAACCUAGAUCAGACGUUGCAGCGUAUGAUCCAGCGGUUCGAGGACGAAUAUCCAGAAACUAAAACGGGGACAACUUCGCCGAAUGCAAACGGAAUGUAUUCUCCUGACCCCUCAGCAGGGGAUCCGUCUUUGCUCUCUGCUUCCGUGGGCUCCGAUGGACUGAUGAAGAUGACAUCUGCGGAGGAAUACUUCCCGGGUGACUCGGAGCAGCGAGAGUCAUAUGCCAUCAAGCUGUCCCGGACUGCAUCAGAAACCUCUCUCGCGGCGAGAGCUUUCACCGACGAGGAAGGCCGUAUGCAUCGUUUGGGACAAAGCAUCCGGAGAGAAGUGCUCAAACCGACCGGCAUGAACGAUAAUCUACAUGGUACAAGUACCGACGACGAACCAGAAGCUCCUCAUCUUGCCGCUCUUCGAGCCAAAUUUGAGCAGUUACGAGGUGAAGAUAUCCGUGCAAAAGUGGAACGAGACGGCGCAGAUAGUGUGCUCACAGAAAUUGGCCUCAAUGCUCAGGAGCUUCUGGCUUUGAGAGAGACUGAUCCCGAAGGAUUUGAGACGUUUAGAAAGUCACAAUUGGCCGCACAGAUCAAUAGUGGUCGUAUAGACGGGUGAGCAAUGAUGUACGAAUCUUGGGCGGGUGUCGUGCGUUCUGAGCGUUCUGCAUGAUUCUAUGUAUAUAUCGACCGUCUGUUCUAUACCAGCCACAGGGAAUGAUGAUGUUAUGAAGGACUCCUUACUCAACCUGACGACCAAUCUGCAAUGGUAAAGCAGGCCUUCAUGCGUACAUAUCGAAGCGAC